AUGCGGGGCGGGCGGUGCUGGCUGCUACUGGCGGCGCUGGGCUGGCUGCUGGCGGCUGGGGCCGCGGCCAGCGGCGAGUACUGCCACGGCUGGCUGGACGGGCAGGGCGGCUGGCGGGACGGCUUCCAGUGCCCUGAGCGCUUCGACGGCGGCGACGCCACCAUUUGCUGCGGCAGCUGUGCCCUCCGCUACUGCUGCUCCAGCGCCGAGGCGCGUCUCGACCAGGGAGCCUGCGACAACGACCGGCGGCAGGGCGGCGGCGAACCGGGUCGCCCCGGCAAGGACGGCCCCGACGGCGCGGCAGUGCCCAUCUACGUGCCAUUCCUUAUUGUUGGAUCUGUAUUUGUCGCCUUCAUCAUCCUGGGGUCACUGGUGGCAGCUUGCUGCUGCAGAUGCCUGCGGCCCAAGCAGGAGCCCCAGCAGAGCCGAGCCCCUGGGGGCACCCGUCUGAUGGAAACCAUCCCCAUGAUCCCAAGUGCCAGCACCUCCCGGGGCUCCUCCUCACGCCAGUCAAGCACUGCUGCCAGCUCCAGCUCCAGUGCCAACUCAGGGGCCAGAGCUCCACCAACCAGGUCUCAGACCAACUGCUGCUUGCCAGAGGGGACCAUGAAUAAUGUCUAUGUCAACAUGCCAACAAACUUCUCGGUGCUGAACUGCCAGCAGGCCACCCAGAUCGUGCCACACCAGGGGCAGUACCUGCACCCUCAGUACAUGGGCUACGCCGUGCAGCACGACUCGAUGCCGCUGACUCCAGUGCCCCCCUUCCUCGAUGGUUUGCAGGGUGGCUACAGGCAGAUCCAGUCUCCCUACCCGCACACCAGCAGUGAACAGAAGAUGUACCCAGCUGUGACUGUGUAG